AUGGCUGUGCUGAUCAGACACAAACUCUGUGAUGGUGAGAAACAGUUCACUAUGGAAAGACAGAUCAUAGUGCAGAAAGUUCUGGAGAGACAUGGCAUUCACGUUCCUGAUGUGAAAAACAUUUCUCGCGUGGCACUGUUGAGUUCCGGUGGUGGACAAAGAGCCAACAUCAGCUUCCUAGGUGUUAUGCAGCAGUUGUAUAAGGAAGAUCUCCUGAAUGGCUUCCUUUAUGUGGCUGGAGUUUCUGGAUCCACAUGGUCUAUGUCCUCAUUGUACCAAAACCCCACAUGGUCACGGGAUGCAGAGAAGGCUACAGGGGAAGCAUUGUUGAGCAUGUCUGAGGGGACAGGUCACAAUUUGGCAGAGAAGCUGGAGACUAGGCCUUUGACAGCUGACAGAGAUAAAUAUGGAGCCAAUCCGUACCCUCUCUACAGCACCGUUGCAAAGCAAUUCCUUGACAAACCAAAAGAAAUGUGGUUUGAGUUCAGUCCCCACGAGUCUGGAUUCCUACAGCAUGGGGCUUAUGUGGAUACAUCACUGCUGAACAAGAACUUUGAUGGGGGGCAUGUGAAACCUCUCCUGAAGAAGCCAGUGGACAUGGUUCAACUGCAAGGAAUGUGUGGAUGUGCAAUGGGAGAUUUUGCCCAAAUCAUACAAUUUAUCAAAGAUAUUAUCUGGAACUGGAUCUUCUCAGCAGACCCUGAUCACUACCAAGACUUCAGCCGCUCACUCAAGCGAGUGGAUCAUGAGAGCUGGAGAAACAAGACUGAUCAAGACAAAAAUACAUUUGUGGAAAACCUCUGUGAUGAACUGGCAGCUUCAGCAGACAAGUGGGGUCAAGGCCCCUUGGACGUACCCCAGUCUAAUAUCAUAUCUAACGAUGGACUCUACCUAAACUCACCAUAUCCUUCAGUCCUGGGAAAAGCCAGGGAUCUCAUCAUAUCCUUUGAUUUCAGUGACGGAGACCCUUUUGAAACUCUGAAGGGGGCCACUAAGUAUGCAGCCGCCACAGGCCAUCCCUUCCCCAAAGUGGACUUUACGGAACUGGACUCUAAUCAGCCAAGGUCCUACUAUGUCUUUGAGGAAAAGGGCAAACCAACUGUAAUUCACAUUCCCCUCUUCAACAUGGAUAACUGCAAAAAUCAAGAAACCAUUAAAAAGGAAAGGGAGGAAUACACAACCUUCCAACAGCCCUACGCAGACAAAGCAAAGAUUGAUCACUUGGCACAUCUGGCAGAAGUCAAUGUGAUCAUGAACAAACAUUACAUCCUGGAAGAGAUAAAAAAAAGCUGUGCAGCGACGCAGUUGCCACUGAAAAUGCCCACAAGGGCCUCUGCGGGUUAA